GGACGCAAUCAAUUUCUAUAAAAAGCAUCUUUAGUUAGGGAAGCCGGUUUAAUCAGUUAACUAAGCUUAAACGAACGACAACCUAUAAAAAAACGUUAAACUCAAAAAAAAAAAAAAAAAAAAUCUUAAAAUUUAAACGAAACAGAAAAUACUUGAAACUAUUAAAGAAAUACUCUAGUUAAAUAAAACAAAAGAAUUUUUAAACGUUAAAUAAAACUAAAGUGAUUUAAAUAACAAUAGAAAGAAAAAAAUCAUAUAAACUAAUUUAAAGGCAAUUAACAGCAAUAAAAAAAGCAAAUAAAAUAUAACUGUUCUAUAUAAAUAAAUUUUAAAAUUUUAUUAAUCCAAACAAAUAUUAACAAAAACAAAACAUGUGGAAAUUAUGUGUGAUAACAACUUUAACCAGCCUAAUAGUGGCCAACGUGCAAGCAGGACAAACAAAUUUAAUAUCGGAAUAUAGUAUAACACCCAGUAAUCAAGUGGCUUAUUAUCAUUAUCCAGCACCUCCAAAAUCACAGCAAUUCCAUGACCCUGCAGCCAAACAGCUCUCCUCGAUACCCAUACCCACCUUAGCACCUUCUCCAAUAGAACAACGUUCCGUACAGGGUGCAGCUCAAGCAUAUCAAAAUCAAUAUCAAGGCAACUAUCGUACAGCAGCUGCUAUAACAAAACAAUUUACCUCACCAGCUUUGGAUAAUGCUGCCUUCAAUUUGGCCUUGACCAAUCAAGGUUAUGCUAUUGGUGGUAAUGCAGCCAAUGCUGCCUUAACUUCCACUUCAAGAUCCAGCAAAACUUCAGCCACACAAACAGCUAUAUCAAAUGCCGCCACUGCUUCGGCAGCACCUGCCGGCUCUAGUUCUUCUAAUUUACCUCCUCUUACCUCGCUCAAUGUGAAAUUACCCUUACCCAUUGGUAUUACUCCCCUUAAUAUUGCUCCUUUGCCUUUACAGGCCGGUGCUCCUUAUACUGCUAUACCUAAUGGUGUUACUUCGUACGGUACUCCUUAUCCUCAGAGAAAGAGGCGUUAAAUAGGUAUAGUUUGCUUUUUAACUCUAAGCGUUCCUUUCUCUUCUAUUCUAAUUAAUUUAGUGCAAUUUUUUUUGUGUUUGAUUUAAUUAGUUUGAAUUUUGAAUUUAAUGAAAUUCAAAGACAAACGGAAAAAAUUAAUAAUAUAUAGUAGUUGCAUAUGUUUAAGCUUAAUUUAAAUUUUUAAGCCAUAGAAACGUUGAUAAUUUAGAAAUAGCCUAGAAAGGCAGGGUUCGGAUUAUAUGGAGAAAACAAAUUUAAAGAAGUGCUAAAAAAAUGAAAGGAAGUGUUAAAGUUUUGUGAAAUUUUGAAGUGAUAAUCAAAAUUACCCUUUAAUAGUUCUAAAAAAUACCAGAUCGGAAGUGACUCAUAUAGACCUGAAAUAUUGUGUAUCGUUCCUUAAUUUUCUAUGUUCCAUGAACAUUAGAUAAUUGAAGACGACUUCAUUCCGUAAUUAAAGUCAAUUCCAACAAUAACAUAGUCCAAACACUACAUGAGUUGUUAAAUGAGGUUUUCGAAUUUUGAAACGAUCAAAACUUCUGAUCAAGAUUUCCGAUUUUGUUAUAUUACAUUUUUAUUGCACUUGAAGGGUCGAAAGUAAAAGCAAGAAGUAUGUAUAACAUCUACACAUUUCAAGUCGAAUUUUUUAAUUUCAUCAGAUUUAAAUCCCCCAAGUUUGGAAUAUAAAAUUUUUUUUCAUAUUUAUUUAAUGUUGAUCCUUUUCGCGACCUUUUUUUAGUCCAUAGGCUGUUCAAUAGAUUGGUCUAUAGACAAGUCUAUAGAUCGGUCUAUAGAUCAGUCUAUAGACUAUUCAAUAGAUCAGUCUAUAAACUAGUCAAUAGAUCAGUCUAUAAACUAGUUAAUAUAUCAGUCUAUAUACUAGUCAAUCGAUCAGUCUAUAGUCUAGCGAAUAUAUCAGUCUAUAGACUAGGUAAUAGAUCAGUCUAUAGACUAGUCAAUUGAUCUGUCUAUAGACUAUUGAAAAUAUUAGACUAUGAAUUAGUUAAUAGAUCCGUCUAUAGACAAGUUAAUAAAUCAGUUUUUUAGAUUAGUCAAUUGAUCAGUAUAUAGACUAGUCAGAUCUGUCUAUAGACUAGUCAAUAUAUCAGUCUAUUUGGUUAAUAGAUCAAUCUAUAGACUAGUCAAUAGAUCAGUCUAUAGACUAAUUAAUAUAUCAGUCUAUAGACUAGUUAAUAUAUCAGUCUAUAGACUAGUCCAUAGAUCAGUCUUUAGACUAGUCCAUCGAUCAGCCUAUAGACCAAUUGAUCAGCCUAAAGAAUAAUUAAUAGGUCAGUCUAUAGACUAGUCAAUUGAUCAGUUUAUAGUAGUCAAUAGAUCAGUCUAUAGACUAGCAAUAGAGCAGUCUAUAGACUAUUUAACAGAUCAGUCUUUAGACUAGUCAAUAGAUCAGUCUAUAGACUAGUUAAUAGAUCAAUAGAUCAGGCUAAAGACUAAUCAAUAGAUCAGUCUAUAGAAAAGUCAAUAGAUCAGUCUAUGGAGUAGUUAAUAGAAAAUUCUAUAGACUAGUCAAUAGAUCAGUCUAUAGGCAAUAUACCCUACACUAGAUUAUUUCGUAGACUAUAUAUAUUAAAUCCAUAAAGUAGUCAAUAGGCCUGCCUAUAGACUAUGUAAACAAGUCCAGUCCAUAGUCUAGUACUUGGACAAUUCAAUGGACUAGUCUAUGUAUUAUAUUAGUCAGUAGACUAGUUUAUAAACAAGUCUAUUACUAUUAUGUAUAAUACCUUAAAGAAUAGUCAAUUGACUGGUCCAUAGACUAGACGAUAGCUUAGUCUAUAUUUAGUAGUCCGUGUACAGAUUUGUCGAUAUAUUAAUCUAUAGAAUAGUCAAUAAACUGGUUAAAAUAUUGUUUCAUAGAUCAGUCAAUUGAUCUUGUUGCAAUUUAUUAUUCCAUAGACUACUUAGUCCAUAGAUUGCAUAUAUAGUAGUCCAUUUCUAUAGAUUUUAUAAACUAGUCAAGGCUAGUACAUAUAGCACUUAAUGGGCCAGUCCAUGGAUUAGUCUAUAUACUAGAUUAGAAAAACACGGUCUUUAGGCCCUAUCAAGUCAAAUUCAUAGACAUAACUAAUCUAUAGACAAGUCUUUGGAGAUUAGAAAUGAAUAAAUAAACUUCACUGACAAAUAUCAGAUGCUAAAAAUUUGAAAAUAUUGGAAAAGUAUUUCUAGAAUAGGACUGAAUUCAAAAACAACUUUAACACUUUUUUCUAACAGUGUGUAAAAAUUAUACAACUUUAGCAUUUAAUCCGAACCCUGUUUUAGUCAAUAGUAUAUAUUAGUGGUGUGUUCUGGUUUUUUACGUUAACACUUUCAAACUUCAGUGAUUUUUGUAUAAAUAUUUUAUUAUUUUGUAGGUUUUUGAUUUUAUUUUUUUUUUUGUGGUGAAUGGUCAUCAAUGUCAUUUCGAUUUGUCGCAUUGACAAAAGACAACAAUUGGUAUCAAAUAGCAUAAACUAGUGAUACCACAUUUAGAUUUUUUCGUUAAUUAAAUCAAUUUGAAAAAAAAAAAAACAAAAUCAAAAAUCACACAAAAAUAAUAUAAAAACCGAAUUAAAAACAAUAUGUGAGGUUUUAAAAAAAAUGUUUUCGAACUAGAAGAAGCCACUUUAUUUAAAUUUAAAUUGUAGUUUUAACAAUCUAAUUCCAAUGACGUUAAACUAAAGAAUUUAAAUAUUUAAGUCAUUGUAAAUCAAUUUAACUAAUUUAACAAAUCUAUAGUUUCUUUUUUUUCGUGUGUAUUUUAUAAUAAAUUUUGUUUUGUUUUUAGUUUAUAAAACUCUACAAAGAUUUUAGUUUAAGAAUAUUAUAAUAGAUUAUAAAUCAUAAAAAAAAUUAGAAAAAAAACUUGC